CGCUCCCCACUUUUCCCCCCGAGGGCUCCUGGCAGCCCCGGCACACACGAACCCCGCCAGCGCUCGGGACAGGGUCCGAGCCAAGCCGCGCUCUGCCGGGACACCGUCCCCGCGGGCCGCGGGCUGCCGGCACCGCUCUCGCCUCCGCGACGGGCUCCGGCUGCGCCGGGCAGGGGCAGAAACUCGGGGAAAGGGCUCUCCCCGCCUUGGGAAGCGCCUGGCACGCCCCGCGGGCUCGCUGACAGCGCUCACCUGCCGGCUGCACGGAACCACCCGCGGGAUCGGAGCGGAGCGGGAAACUCAGCCGGGACCGCAGCGCAGCCAGCACAGGUCCGGCGCCCGGGGGAGCGCGUUCGCCGCUUCAAAGCGCGUCACGAUAGACAUUCUGGUCAAGCUCCAGAUGCUUUUGUUGGAGUAGCCUCAACCUCCCUAUGGACUCAACAGAUGUACCACGAAAUGGCAUUGCUCACUGGGAAUGCAGAUCCUGACUUCAGCUCCCGCUCCUUCAACAACUUGGAAAACCUGUGUGAAGUACAAACCAAGAAAGGAUUCUUCUACAAAAAGGCCAAACUUCUGCACCCUGGAGAAGACCUGUGCUGCUUAGCCCGCUUGGAUGACCGGUCCAGGUUUGUGAUCAUUAACGUAGGUGGUAUUAAGUACAAAAUUCCCUGGACCACCUUGGAGAACUGCCCCUUGACCAGGCUUGGGAAGCUAAAAUCUUGCAACAAUUAUGAUGAGAUCAUGGACAUCUGCGAUGAUUAUGAUGUUAGCUGCAAUGAAUUUUUUUUUGACCGUAAUCCUAGUGCCUUCAGAACGAUCAUGACAUUCCUGACAGCUGGGAAGCUGAGGCUUCUCAGGGAGAUGUGUGCUCUUUCGUUCCAGGAGGAGCUUGUGUACUGGGGGAUAGAAGAGGACCACCUGGAGUGGUGCUGUAAAAAGAGAUUGCGACAGAAAGAGGAAGAGGCAGCUGAGGCCAGGCUGUUUGAAAGGGAGAUGGUAUUUAAUGAAGCUACGCAAUGUGCCUUCCAGGACAGCAGCCGACUGAGUUUGUGCAUGCGAAAGCUCAGGGAUAUGGUGGAGAACCCCCACUCAGGGAUCCCAGGAAAGAUCUUUGCUUGUAUUUCAAUCUCUUUUGUUGCCAUCACUGCUGUCAGCCUCUGCAUCAGCACCAUGCCAGAUGUCAGAGAAGAAGAGGAUCGCGGUGAAUGCUCACAAAAGUGCUAUGACAUCUUUGUGCUGGAGACGGUGUGUGUGGCGUGGUUUUCCUUUGAGUUCUUGCUGCGAUCCAUCCAGGCAGAAAACAAGUGUGCUUUCCUAAAAACCCCGCUCAACAUCAUCGACAUCCUGGCCAUUCUGCCUUUCUACAUAUCUCUCAUUGUGGAUGUGGUUUCUGCAAAGAACAGCAGCAAGCCUGGUGGGGGAGCUGGGAACAAGUACCUGGAGCGCGUGGGGCUGGUGCUGCGCUUCCUGCGGGCGCUGCGCAUCCUGUACGUGAUGCGGCUGGCGCGGCACUCGCUGGGGCUGCAGACGCUGGGGCUCACCGUGCGCCGCUGCACCCGCGAGUUCGGGCUGCUCCUGCUCUUCCUCUGCGUCGCCAUGGCCCUCUUCUCACCGCUGGUGUACUUGGCUGAGAGCGAACUGGGAGCCAAGCAAGAGUUCACCAGCGUCCCCACCAGUUACUGGUGGGCUGUGAUCUCCAUGACAACUGUUGGCUACGGGGACAUGGUGCCUCGUAGCAUCCCUGGACAGGUGGUAGCCCUGAGCAGCAUCUUGAGUGGGAUUUUGCUGAUGGCUUUCCCAGUCACAUCCAUCUUUCAUACCUUUUCCCGUUCCUACAGUGAGCUGAAGGAGCAGCAGCAGCGAGUAGCCAGCAGGCAGGUGCGCCAGCGGCAAGAGAACACUGAGCCCCCGGGUGGUGACAGUGCAAGGGGGCUCAAUGCCACAUUCCCACCAAGUGCUGGUGAGCAGGAGGGUCUGACCUUACUGGUGGACCAGUAAGCCAGGAGAAGUUCUUGACCCUGAACAGCUGAGGACAUAUGCUGGCAGCCCAAGAAGCAGUGGACAAGGGAAGAAUGCCAUGAACUGCAUAAAUGAGGGGCAGACACACAGAAGGUUUCUCUAAAGAACAACUUCUGAUCUUAAGGGAUCUCUGAAAAGUACCCCUACAAAUUCUACCAAGUACAGCUCUGCUCCAUUGCUUUUCUUAGGGCUUUUCUAUUGAGCAAGUAUUUUUGGGUAUGCCCAAGGAGCAGCCAUUGAACAUAGCCAGCCAGCAGAAUUGAAUGUGAAGCACAGCCUGUGCCAGGUGCCAUGUGGCAGGCAACCAGCGUGCCAUCUCCUCCGUGCCCUGCUCAGUGGCACUCCCAGUGCGAGGAGCUGAGCAAGGGCUCCCUGUGCUGCGACGCCCCACAGCACGUUUGUUUUGGCAGCACCACCAAGGAAUACAAACCUCAGACAAGCCAAGGAGCGAGGGCAAGAGAAGGGCAGAAGCAUUCCUUCAGCUUUACCAGGGGCUUGCUUUUGUCUUCUACGGAUGAAGCAGCACAGCCAGAGCGCUGGCAGCGCUGCCAGCUCUGAAUUGUGUGUGAGCACAGUUUGCAUUAUUUAGUAGAGAUGCAUAUUUACCAUCCUAAGCUUUGUAUCUUAGUCCCAUGACAGAAAUAUACAUACAAAAAAUCUUCCUGACUACGGUACUGAAUGUUAACUUGGUUAUUUUUCCUUUGCUAACAGUCAAAUAUUAAAAAUACCAUUACAAAUGAUUAUGUUCUCCGCUUUCUGUUAACUAUUUCCAUCUCUCACGUGUUGAGAAAUGUGUUUAACUGGUUCAGGCAACUGAACCAAUCUGAACUACAUGUAGCUCAAGAAGGGGAGGGUAGUGUUAAACCAGCAGUGACUCCCAGCUCUGCACAGUCUUCCUCAGUGGUGGUGGCUGCACUGAGUGCAGUCGUGUGCAAACAGGAGUAGGGGAGCAGUACAAACUCAGUGAAGCCAGCGAGACACCUUCAGCGGGCUCUGGCCCAAGCUGCAGCGUAGCAGCUGUGCUCUGCGUUAGGAGUAGCCUUUUGGUUUUGCCCUCCUACAAAGAAAAAGACAAUCCUGUCAUUAGAACAAGUGUUCUGGCUCUUCUUCCUGAUUCUCAAAAGAUUUAAGUAAUUUUAAAGGGAAAAUUAAUCAUAUGGCGGCGUCUGCAUGUUUGCUUAUUGAUGCCAGCCCCAUGCAUGAGCUUUCCAGCCCCUACCCUGGUGGAGCUGUGUAGCUGGUCCAAGUCAGGAUGCUGUGUGGGUCUUUCAGUGCUCCUACAGGUGGGAUGUGGUAAGGGAAUGGAGGGAGAUGGAACCAAACAGUCUUGUACCUUCACUCCUAUUUGUACUAAAGCCAUGCAAUGUCACCCUACGUAUUCUCCACCCACCAGGAAGGGAACAAAACCUGAUGUAUUAAAGAUGGGAUUUGUCUGGUCUGUUGUGUGGGGGUUUUUUUGCCUCAAGAUACGUUGUAAAACUAAUCCUAUAUUAGCAAAAUCUCAUAUUAAGCCAUUCCUUAUAGGAAUGAAGCAAGGGAAAUGGAAAAGUUAACUUUAUUUUAAUAAAAAUAUAAAGCUUU